CAUCAGUUAGUAGAUUUUAUGAUCAAAACAUCCGGCUGAGCAAAUAUGGCCGUCACAAGGUUACCCACAGCGGCUCUUUCUCUCAAACAGUUCUUGCAGCGACAGAAGGUUUUGGGGAUUUACAGGAACAUGUUAAGGACCAUCCGAGAAGUCCCAGAUGCAGCUGACCAGAAGUACCUCAGAAACUGGGCCAGAGAGGAGUUCAAGCGGAACAAGAACGCCACUGAUCCGGAUGCCAUUCGGAUGAUGAUCACACAGGCAAAUAAUCACCUUGAAGAACUGCAGAGGUCUUUAGCCUUGGCCAGGUAGCAUCUGGACAUAUGAAGGUCUGGAUUGUCUAAGUAGUGUCCUCUGUGGGGAGGACAUCAUCACUGAGACUGAAAUUGAGCCAUUUGCAG